UAGUCUGUGGUAAUAUACAGCUCGGUUUUAAAGUUUAUAUACCAUAUUUGAUAACGCCUGUAAUUUGCCGCUGUUUGCUUAAGAGCUUGCUAGAUAAUAGUGAACCAACUAUAAAGUAUAAACGUAUAAGGGCUUUAAACAUUUUUGUAAUCGUCAAACUUUAUUAUCUUUAAUUUAAGAAUUCAAUAAUUAAGAAAAAAAAUUGUUUCUUGAAAAUUUUUAAGUAAAGUAUAUGUAAAAAUGGCAGCAGAAAAUGGUGAUGUUCAACUUACUGCUGAUGAACGUAAAGUUUAUGACAGACAAAUUCGAUUAUGGGGAUAUGAUGCACAAAAAAAGUUAAGAACUGCAAAAGUUUUGCUCAUUGGACUUCAAGGGCUGGGAGCUGAAAUAGCGAAAAACCUUAUAUUAAGCGGUAUUCAUUCUAUCACACUAAAAGACCAUACAGAUGUAUCAAUUUUGGAUACUUGCUCACAAUUCCUUAUUGGACAUGAUAGCCAGGAACGAAAUCGUUCCAAAGCUAGUGUUAAUGCAGCUCAAAAAUUGAAUCCAAAUGUUAUUGUUACUGCUGAUACCUCUCCCAUUGACGACAAUGAUGAAAAUUUUGUAAAAUCGUUUCAUGUAGUGAUUGCUACAGAGUGUUCUCCAGUAACUUAUGAAAAACUUAAUCAACAUUGUAAAAAAGCAAAUGUUAAACUAUUUGUUGCUGAUGUAUAUGGUUUGUUUGGUUAUAUGUUCCAAGACGUUGGUUUAAAUCUGUCUUCUUAUGACACAAUUUUUCCAAAUUAUAAAACAAAAAGUCCAGUUAUUGAGAGCAAAAGAUCUGCAGCAUACUAUUUAACAUCUGCACUAUUAUUAUUCCAUUGUUUAUAUGACCGCAAACCAAAUCCUCAAGAUAGUGAAGAAGAUAUUGAUAAACUUAAAUCAAUUAUUUCUUCUUUAAAUGGUGUUGAUAUUUCAGAUGAAUAUUUAAGUGAACUUUUUUGUGAAUUAAGUCCUGCUACAUCUAUUGUUGGAGCUAUGGUGGCUCAAACUGCUACUAAUUCUAUAAUGGGAAAUCCUAUAAAGAACUAUAAUGCAUAUUUCUAUGAUCAUAUUGAGCACCAAGGAAAAUUUGAAAAUUACUGAAAUUUGUAACUAUUUAUUUAAAUGUAAUGUCUGUUUACUUUUUUUUGUAAUGUAAAUUAUAUAGUAAUUAAUUUUUUCA